AAGUCAUAAUAGUGUUUGAUGAUGUUGAUCAUUGUUGCUUUUUUGUGCCAUUGUAGUUUGUCAUGUUGCCCAUGAAAUAUCGACUGUGAUCCUAUAGGAUAAAUAACCGAAAUUUUUUUCAUCCAAAAUUAAUGAUCAAACUUUGUUUCUUAAAAAAAGUAAAAUGAUGACUUUAAAUAAUGAGACGGCUAAAUACUUGAAAAUUUACUAAAAUGAAACAAUGCAUCUGAAAUCAAACGUUUUCUACAAUUUUACUCAUCAUCUUCAUUAUUAUUAUUAUUGUUGGGAUAUUGAAUCAAUUUUUUUUAAAGGCCGACAAAUUAUAAUUAAAAUGUGCAAACAAUCAGCCAAUAUGACGAUCAAACCGAUAUUAAUUCUUGCAUUAACAUUCCAUUUAUUAUUUGCCAAACAAUUGAUUGCUGAAGCAGAAAAUGAUGAUGAAUCAAAACAAACUCAGAUGCCAUCAUCGUCUCCAACACCACCACCACCACCUCCGGUGGUGAUUUGUCAAUCACCAAUCGAUUUGACUGUUGAUAGUUCUUGGCUGGAACAAGUCGUUUUUGGAGAUUUUCGAAUAUGGCACAUUAUGUUUUCGUGUUUGGGUAUUCUAACUGUAAUAGCUGUUCUACUUUGUUGUCUGUUCCGGUGUCGAAUUCCGAGAACAAAACAAGAAAUAGAAGCCGAUUAUACACGAAGAAAAAUCACCAAACUAAUCAAUACUCAUUUAAGUAAAAUUAAAUUGGAAGAGCUUGAAUUCGACCCUUCAAAUUUGCUGCCAGUAUUAAAACGAGUCGAAGAUUUGGAAGAAAAUCGUGUUAAAAAACAUAGAUCAUUUGAAUUGCGACAUAUGAAUUGGCGUCAACGUCUUAAACGAUUAUUUAGUCGUAAAGAUUUAUCAUUCGAAGAAGAUGUAGAUGAUCAAAAAGAUGAUAUUCAUGGUGUUAAAAUGUCAAAAGAAGAAAUGGAAAAAGUCGAAAAGCAAGUGGAAAGUGCCAAAAUUGAUUCAACAGCUUUCAAUAUUAUUACUGAUCAUAUUGCCAUACUUAGUAAUGGUUUUGAAUCUGAAAAAGAUCAAAAAAAACGAAUUAAAAGAGAACAAAAAGAGCAGAAAAAGCUUGAAAAAGAGCAAAAGAAAAAGGAAAAAAAAGAAAUGAAAAAAUUAAAUAAAGAAUCUAAAAGUCAACUUCCUACUAAACUAAUUGAAAAAGAUAAUGGCAAAUUAUUGGAACUUAAAGCAGCCGAAUUGGAAAAAGAUGUCAAUAAGACCAACGAAUCUAAAUCUGAUGAUAUUGCAUUAAUAAUGGACACUGUCAAAUCUGAACCAUCGACCAAGGUAGAUGGUAAAAGUUCAAAGCUUAAAGAAAUUGUCCAAUCGAAGCUAAUGACAGAAACAACAGCCAAAAAGUCGUCAAAAUUUUCUCUUCGUAAUACGGUUAUGGGACUGAUGUCUGGAUUUCUUGCUGGUGGUGGACGAAGUGAACCGAAGCAAUCAGAACCCGAACCAGAACUAAAAACUGUGGAAAGCAGUAAAAGCUCAUUACAUGAAGAAAUCGUAAUCAAUAUUGGCCUUGUUGGUCGACAAACUAAAGAUGACGAAGAAAUAAUAGAAAGAGAAUAUGAUAAUAUUCCCGAAAUCAAAGUCCUGAAAGAAAGUGAUGACGCCAUCGAGGAUGUUGUUGAUGAGACAAAUAUUGAUAAAAACUACAAUGAAAAAGCAAGCAAAAGUAAAUCGAGUAAAAGUAAACACAAAAUUUCACGAAUGGAUGCAAUCGCGGAACGGAAUCGUUUGCAAAUACCGGAAGUUAUUAUCAGUGAUAUAAAUGUGGCACGAGAUUCGAAAAUGAAAAAAAACUCUAAAGAUCUCAAGAGUAAAGAGAAAGAGAAAAAGAUAUCAAAGAAAAAAUCAUCUAGAAUCGAAGCAAAAGAACAUGAUGAAAAGAAAAAAAAGUCGAAAGAUAGUAAACAAAAAGAAAUUGAUACACAAAAAUCUAAACCAUCCAAAUCUGUAUUGAAAGAUAAAAGUAAAAAAUUGGAAAAAAUUGAAAAGCAAAAGUCAGAAAAAGAACCGAGCAAAAAAAUUGAAAAAGAAAAUUCAACAUUUAAAUUGUUGAAAAAAGUUAUGGAAAAAGAUAAAUCGCCUCGUAAAGAAAAACUUGUCGAACUCAAGAAACAAUCGAAAAUUCAUUCAUCACAUAGCGAUGCUCAUGAUGAUGAUGAACGAUUAAUUCAUAAACAACUAACUACUGUUAGUUCAUCUGAAAUUGAAAUACCAGUUGAACAUGUUUAUACGGAUCCUUCCACCUUUUCACAACCCAUUCAAAUUCAUCAUUAUCAUCAUCAUGAUAAAUCUGCAGGGCCAUCAACAUCAAUGUUCACAUCACAAUUACCUGUUGAACAUGUUGAAACGAUUGAAAAAUUUGCCGCAUCCUCACCCACUGGUGAUCAACAUAGAAGAUUGAUUAUUGAAAAGACUCGCAAUGUAAUGUUUGAUGUAGGCGGUGGACAUUAUAGUAGGAUACAAUCUCCUCAACAUUUAUAUCCACUAAUUGAAAUACAGCCAGAUGAAUCUCAGAUAAAGAUGAAAAAAAAGAAAAAAGUAAAAUUAUCAGACAAUGUAGCCAUUGCAGGACCUAAAGAUUCAAAUAAGGAUAAAAAGAAAGAUGGAAAAAGUUCACGACAUAACUAA